ACUUCGAUUACUAAUUCUUUUUUGGUUGGAAACUUCCCACAAAACCUUUUCCCACAAGAUCCCCACCACACUUGUUUGUGUCUUUCUUUAAAGCCAAAACAUGUUCUUUGUUUUGUGCCAUAACACAACUACCUUUUAUUGAACCACCUUCUCUCUAACAAUUUCUCUCCUUAAACUUUCAUCUCAUAAUUCUUCAAAUUCUUAUAAUUUUUUUCAUUGAUAUGGGGGCUGGUAUUUCUACAAUUAAUGAAGAUCAUGAUGGAUAUUUUUCUUCUUCCAAGACUUGUCUUGAUGAUAUUCCAGAAAGUUGCAUCUCUUCCAUUAUGAUGAAGAUGGAUCCUCAAGAGAUUUGUAAAUUGGCUAGAGUUAAUAAAACUUUUCAUAGAGCUUCCUCUGAUGAUUAUGUAUGGGAAUCUAAGUUGCCACAAAGCUAUAAGUUUCUAGUCAACAAAAUUAUUGGGGAAGAAAAAGUUUGUUCCAUGACCAAGAAAAAGAUCUAUGCUAAACUAUCUCAACCCAAUUUAUUUGAUGAGGGCACAAAAGAAGUUUGGUUGGAUAGAUGUAGUGGACAAGUUUGUUUGUUGAUUUCAUCAAAAUCUUUGAAGAUAACUGGGAUUGAGGAUAGAAGAUAUUGGAAUUAUAUCCCUACUGGGGAAUCAAGGUUUAAAAGUGUUGCAUAUCUUCAACAAAUGUGGUGGGUGGAAGCAUCAGGGGAACUAGAAUUUGAGUUUCCAAAAGGGAAUUAUAGUUUAUUUUUCAAACUUCAAUUGGGAAAGCCCAUAAAGAGAUUGGGCCGAAGAGUAUGCAAUCUUGAACAAGUACAUGGUUGGAACACAAAGCCCAUUAGGUUUCAACUAUCGACAUCCGACGGUCAAAAUUCGCUCUCGCAGUGCUAUUUGAAUGGGCCAGGGGAAUGGGCCUAUUACCAUGCUGGAGACUUUGUCAUUGAGAAGCCCAAUGGGCCCAUUAAUAUUAAAUUUUCUUUGGCCCAAAUUGAUUGCACACACACCAAAGGUGGUCUUUGCAUAGAUGGGGCAGUGAUUUGUCCUAAGGAGUUAGCACAUAAGUUGAAACAAUUUUAGCUUAUUCAUACUCAAUAGUGUUUUUUUUAAUUAAGCAUUUUUGUAAAAGAAAAUGUAAAUUUUUGUGCAAUUUUUUUUUAAUGUUUUCGGAUUAAAUAUCAUUGGGGAAAGGAUUGUUGAAGAAAAAAAUGUUGGAUUUUGAGAUCAAAUAACCUUGGAUCUUCUGUGAUGAUUGCCCCUACUUUUGUGUAGGUGUGAGUGUUCUUUUUUUCUAAUGUGUAUUUUAAGGAAUUAGGAUAGUGAAAAAUAGUGCCUAAUUGUUGAAGGUGUAAAUGUUGUAGAGAAUGAUUUGUUGUAAUAGUUUUGAGUCUUUGUUGGCAUCAAAUGUUAUGAUGAUCUGCUCCUGUGCAUAUAUGAUGAAAAGGGUUCCCUUGUUAAAUGUUAAAAAUAGUUGUCUUAUAUUAUCAUCUUUU